CAAUUAAUAUUUAGUGAUUGACGUUUGAGUAACUCAUCCAUUCACAAAAGAAAAAUUGUUUUCUCAAAACUGUCUCAUUUAAUUUUAUAAAGUCAGGCAUAGAGAAACACCUCAAUUUUUCAUAUUCUUGGCUUGAACAGUGACAAUAAAUAGUAUGGCUGCAGAGGAAGAACAUAUUGGUUAUCAUUAUGGAGAAGAAGAUAGGCAACUUCUUGAUCCCGCUUGGGAAAGGCAACAAAGAAAGACAUUUACAGCUUGGUGUAAUUCACAUUUAAGAAAAGUUAAUGUUCAAAUUGAAACACUAGAAGAAGACUUUCGUGAUGGACUUAAGCUUAUGUUAUUACUUGAAGUCAUUUCUGGGGAACGAUUACCAAAACCAGAAAGAGGACGAUUACGAUUCCAUCUUGUCUCAAAUGUUAACAAAGCAUUGGAGUUUAUUUUAUCAAAGGGUGUUAAAUUGGUAUCCAUAGGUGCAGAAGAAAUUGUUGAUGGAAAUCUUAAAAUGACCCUUGGUAUGAUUUGGACAAUCAUUUUGAGAUUUGCUAUUCAGGAUAUUACUGUAGAUGAAUUCUCUGCUAAGGAAGGCUUACUUUUAUGGUGUCAAAGAAAAACAGCUCCAUACAAAAAUGUUAAUGUUCAAAAUUUCCAUAUGAGCUUCAAAGAUGGAUUGGCAUUCUGUGCUCUUAUUCAUCGGCACAGACCAGACCUUAUUGAUUACGAUAAACUAUCAAAGGAAGACCCCAUGUACAAUUUAAAUUAUGCCUUCGAGGUUGCAGAAAACCAUCUUGACAUUCCAAAAAUGUUGGAUGCUGAAGAUAUGGUUAAUCAAGUUAAACCUGAUGAACGUGCUGUUAUGACAUAUGUCUCAUGUUAUUAUCAUGCUUUCUCUAGCUCACAACAGGCUGAAACUGCAGCAAAACGUAUUUUGAAAGCAUUGAAUGUAAAUCAAGGAAAUGAAAAGGCUAUGGAGGACUAUGAAAACCUUGCUUCUGAUUUACUUGGAUGGAUUAACAAAAAAAUCCCAGAGUUAGAAAACCGAGACACUGAUAAUUCCCUCAAUACUAUGCAGGACAGAUUAAACGACUUCAGAAACUACAAAGGUACAGAAAAACCACCUAAAGUAGAUGACAAAUCAAAACUGGAAAACCUUUUCAACACUCUGCAGACCAAACUUCGACUCAGCAAUCGUCCAUUGUAUAUGCCAGCAGAAGGAAAGAUGAUCAGUGAUAUUGAUAAGGCAUGGAAAGAUUUAGAACAAGCAGAGAAAGACUUUCAAGAUUGGAUCUUGAAUGAAUUAAGAAAGUUAGAGCGACUUGACCAUUUGGCAAUGAAGUUUAAGCACAAGUGUGACAUUCACGAGGCUUGGGCAAAAGGCCAGGAUGAAUAUUUGAAAGCGAAUGAUAUUGAGGGAGCUUCUCUUGCCACUUUAUUGGCUGCAAGAAAGCGACAUGAAGCCUUUGAGUCUGACUUGGCUGCACAACAAGAUCGUGUUGAACAGAUUGUUGCCAUUGCUCAAGAAUUAAACACAUUGGGAUACAGCAAAGUUGAUGAAGUUAAUGCACGUUGCCAGAGUAUCUGCAAUGGGUGGGAUUCAUUAGGGGAUUUGACCUCCUCCCGAAGUCAGAACCUUGCUGCUGCCAUUGAGAUUGCUGAACGAUUGGAUAAUUACUGGUUGGAAUAUGCCAAGAAAGCUUCACCAUUUAACAAUUGGAUGGACGGUGCCAAGGAAGAUUUGAUGGAUAUGUUCAGUGUUCAUUCACUUGAGGAAGUGCAAGAUUUAAAAGAUGCUCAAGAAAAAUUCAAGGAAAAUAUGCCAGCUGCGAAAGAAGAAUAUGAUUCUAUUAAUGCUCUUCAGGCCGCUAUUAAUGAAAUGAGCUCACAGGAGAAUCCCUACACCAACACUAAGAUUGAGGACUUAAUUGCUAAAUGGGAUGAGAUUAUGACGCUGAUCCCAAAACGUGACCAACUGCUUUCUGAUGAAACUGAACGCCAACAAACCAACGAACGUCUUCGUGUACAGUUUGCACAAAUGGCCAACCAAGUGGGAGAAUGGAUUGAACAGAGAAAUAGCCGCAUGAUCGAUAUCGGUAUGAAUGCCCGUGGGACUUUGGAAGAUCAAUUGCGCGAAUUAAGAGGUUUGAAUGAAGAAAUCAACAAUUACAAAGAACAUAUAAUUCAAGUUGACAAUCUAAACACGAAUGUACAAGAGGCUAUGAUCUUCGAAAAUCCACACACGAAAUAUUCCAUGGAAGUGAUCCGCAUUCGAUUUGAGAAACUGCUCACUGGUAUUACAAGAAACAUAAAUGAGGUGGAAAACCAGAUCCUUAUGAGAGAUUCGAUUGGAUUGAGCGAAGAUCAAAUAAAAGAACUACGUACGUCUUUCAACCAUUUCGAUAAGAAUGGAAACAAUAAGCUCGAUUACAAAGAAUUCAAACAAUGUUUGGUCAGUUUGGGUCAUUCUACAGACAUCGAGGACAAGGAAAGUGCAGCUUUUAAUCGUAUAAUGGCGAUGGUUGAUCCUAACGAAGUCGGUUAUGUUACCUUCCAAGCCUUCUUGGAUUACAUGACACGAGAGUCAGCAGACACAGAUACUGCCGAACAAGUUAUGGAAUCCUUUAGAAUUCUUGCUGGUGAAAAGCCUUACAUCACUGCUGAUGAGUUGCGACGUGAAUUACCAGCCGAACAAGCAGAGUAUUGUAUCGCACGUAUGUCAGCCUAUACCGGACCAGACGGUGUCCCUGGAGCUCUCGACUAUCGUUCUUUCUCGUCUGCUUUAUAUGGAGAGAGUGACUUGUAAUCCUUUGCUUUUGCAUUUGUGAUUUUUAAAAUCAACGAUAUAGCGUUGCGGUAAGCCAUGAUGUUUUGUCUCUUCCCAAUGCGCAAACAUUUAUAUAGCUAACUGAAUUUUUUUUGUUCAUGUUUUAUUUUUGAUUAUUAGAAUUAUGAAGUCGACGUUUUUUUUCUUCGUGGACUA